AUGGAUGCUGUCGAAGAUCGAGAUGUGAAACUCCAACGAGCCUCUGGAGAUUUGGUGACUGAGUUUUCGGCAAAAUUACCCUCGCUAUUAUGGAAAUCCCAAAAUGGAACUCCCCUCCGCACCCCACGCAAAUGGGCACAGAUCACCAAGACGGAGAAGCUUGUCAGCCUUCUUGAACCUUUUCAAGAGUGGCCUCAACUCUUAGACCCCCAUUUGCAGAAGUUGUUACCUCCUUUAGUGGACGCUUUCUUGGCUUAUUUGAUCAAACAUCGCUCCCAGUAUGGCUCUGUUUCGACAAAGUCAUCUCAAGGGGGAAAUUUCUAUCCGCUUCCAAGGGCAAUUUGCAGGUUGUUGUACAUUUUCUGCAAAGUCCGCGGCGUGAAGGUGAUUAGCAGGUUUUUAAGCAAUGAGCCAAAAUAUCUUGAAUCGAUGCUUCGGGGCUUCAUCGAGUGGGACGUAAGUCAUCCCUCUACUGGAGAGGACUGCUUCGACUCAGAGCCCCGACGACUGAUCUGGGAAGAACGCUAUGUGAUGCUGGUGUGGCUUUCCCAUCUUCUACUUGCUCCCUUUGACCUGUCUUCUUUAUCGUCGGAUGAUAUCCCAGUACCCCAUGACAAUUUACAGCAAUUGAGCUGGCUGCCCUCUGAAACACCCAUGGUUGCGAAAUCUCUUCUUUCUUUGUCUUUGCACUACAUUGGUGAAUCAGGGAAAGAACAAGAGGCAGCAACAGCGCUCUUGGCACGAUUGGCAUUGCGUGGAGAUAUGCAAGCUCUUGGAGUACUUACUGGCUUGACUAAUUGGGCAUUUUCCACGAUCCAGCCGUCGGAGGAUGCCGAAACGCCCUCUGUGUAUGCAUGCAUUGGUAUUCUUACUUUCAUUGCCCGCUUAGGCGCAUCGGGCCAGGUAGAGGAUUUUGCUCCUCUGAUCGACUAUGUUUUCAAGCAAACUCUCAGCAUCUAUCAAGGACACUUUUCAGUGUCUGCAACCAUCCAGUCUUCGGCUUUAGCUCGAAAGAUUGUUGUCAAGAUCCUUCGUAACAUUACAGUGAUGGCUCUGUCCCUCAGCGAGCGAGGAGACGGAAAAAUUACAGAUGACCAGUUAUCUACCAUUCUGGAAGAUGCGAUUGAUCACUUUUUGGUCUCACUGGCCGACAAAGACACGCCCGUGCGAUUUGCAGCCAGUAAAGCACUCAGUAUCAUCACGCUCAAAUUAGAUCCGGACAUGGCGACUGAGGUCAUUGAAGCGGUCAUUGGUUCAUUGGGGGAGAAUAUUCUUUUUGAAAAGAAUGACGGUACUCUAGUCACGCCAUCCGAGGCCCGAACUAUAGGCACUCACACCCUCAAACGCAAUCUCAGCGCUGUCGACGCCCAGCAAUGGCAAGGAUUAAUCCUGACGUUAUCCCACUUGCUUUUCCGCCGAGCACCGCCAAUUUACCAGCUGCCUGAGAUUCUCCAGUCACUUGUAGCUGGUUUAGGCUUUGAGCAGAGGUCAUCAACUGGUAGCUCUGUGGGAACUGGUGUACGAGAUGCGGCUUGCUUUGGCAUAUGGGCCUUAUCUCGAAAAUACACAACACCAACACUCCUAUCGUUGCAAAAGCAAGUGGUGGCGUCGUCGUCUGGUCAUCAAGAGGUUGACGUGUUGCAAAAGCUAGCUGUGGAAUUAGUUUGCGCAGCUUGUAUCGACCCAUCUGGAAACAUCCGGCGUGGUUCUUCUGCUGCCUUACAGGAGUUAAUUGGACGCCAUCCCAAUACCAUUGCACAAGGCAUUCCCCUUGUACAGGUUGUCGAUUACCAUGCCGUUGCGCGACGCUCUCGUGCAAUGAUUGACGUUGCUAAAGCGACGGCUUCUCUCGAUCAGAUUUACUGGAGUCCACUGUUGGAUGCCUUGGUGGGCUGGAGGGGCAUUGGCUCCCCAGAUGCUGCGUCCAGAAGACAUGCGGCUAAAUCGAUUGGAAUAAUGAGCUCUCAAGAACUGUACAAGACCAUGAAUCAGGUCUUGGAUCUUUUGCUGCACAAGUUCUCCAGUAUCUCUCGAAAUGACGUGGAAUCACGACAUGGUUGUCUAUUGUCCAUUGCUGCCACAGUCGAUACUUUCACUGCUCAGUGGGAAGCAUCAGUAGAGACAAGAGAAUCUUCUGAGGCCAAGGCUGUUUCUUCCCAAGUGGCCAAUAUCUGGGAUAUCUUUGGUUCUCAGUCCGGCCCUACCGAUGACGACUUGACAUUCCAAACCUCACGUCCUGAGUUAACAGCAGAGGCGUCGUCUUGCUUGAUCUCUUCGCUAUCCCGAUCUACUACUACGACAGGUUUGACUCAACCACGUGAGAUGAUUAUGGACCGUGCACUACAAGUUCUCUCCCUCUGUGUUUCUCGGACGGAUGACAUUUCUAUCGAAACUUCUUCAAAUGCCUUAUCUCAACUGUUCCCCCUUCUGCCCGCCACAAAGCAGGGAGAAACGGUUCGCGAUUGGAUCUCUCAUCUUCGGUCUUCGUGGAGAUCGCCGACAGGCCGCGGUCAAAUUCUAGCACUCGGCGCGGUAUUUAAACAACUCGAAACACAGCAUGAUCUCCGAGAUAACAUAGUCAUUGAGCUGUUCCGCUAUGCCGGAAAGGAGGAGCUCAUUGAGAAAAGAGUAGCUGCUGUAAAGUGCCUGGCAACUAACAUAUUGCCAUACAUGGAUUCCACGGAUGAAGUUGCAAAAAACUUCCUAGAUUUAUUGAAUGAUUACACAACCGACAGAAGAGGUGAUGUCGGAUCACUUAUCCGAGUGGAAGCAAUCCAAGCAGUCAACAUCCUGCUACAAAGGGAGUUGACGUCACGCUCACCAGUAAUUCAAAGUUUGCUCGGAUGCAUUUGUCGCCUUGCCUGUGAGAAACUGGACAAGGUGAGACUACAGGCGUGGCUUUGUCUACAAGCCUUCUGGGAGUCUGCCGGCAAUCUUCCUCCACUUGAACGAAAAUUCGAGCACUUCAGUCACGUCUCGUCGCAAGAGUAUUUCGCUCAGCUGCUCACCUUACAAUCCAUUGACUGGCUUCGUCUGCCUAUACUUCAGGGCUUUGCUACGUCUGCUAUCUCAGGGGCUGAGGGUCUUGUUCGAGCAUCCCGCUCGGCAUUGACUCAAUUCCUAAGCGCCCAGCCCCAGGCCCAACGCCAGGAUAUCUUAAUGGUAUUCUUGCAGGAUAUGUCCACUGUGUUGAAUGACAACCUUCAAGAUGACCGUUUUUCCAUUCCUGCUGUCGAGUUUGUUGCCUUCCUGAUUGACAGCUAUAUUCCUAUCAUUCCAGAGGGAUCAACUUCAAGGUUUGUCGACCCUUUCCCCGUGGUUCAAGCUGCUAUCAGAGCCUACGGGGCAUUGGCAAGAAUUGAUUUCCUGCGCGCAGGUGUCCUAAAGAAGCUAACUGGGAUGCUUUUGCAUCCAUUCCCGAGGAUUCGAUCGAGCGCUGCAGAAUAUCUGUUUGUCGUGACAGAGUCUGAAAUUGUGAAAUAUGAGGACUGGUCUGCUCCGCCUAAGCAAUUAAAACCUCAAGUUGAUAACUUAAGGGUGGCUCUCAACCUAGAAAGCUAA